CAGGUUGUGGACAAGACAAAGUUAUCCCAAUAUAUGGGCGAGGGAAAGAAGCAAAGGACCCAAGAAUAAAUGCAGACAUUCCAAAUCGCCCCGCUGGUCAGAGACCUCAGCCACAGCGCGACCCCAAUCAACCGGGAAAUCAUUUAUUUCCUGUUUCUUCUUUUCACUCGACAGCAUUUGGUCCACAUUUUUCGAUUUCGACCAGUACAAUAUUUCCUUCGUUGUUUAACGCACAAUUUACUUUUCCUCCACCAAAUGGACCGCCAUCACCGCAACAGGCUUAUCUAUCCAGACUUCUUCUGAUGUUUGGCU